AUGUACGUGCUACCAGCGAUCGGCUGGUUUAAGCCACUGAAGUACGAUCGCGGAGGCUACGACGCCGUAUAUGUGAACAAGAAGCGAGGCCUUGUUCGCUUCGUCCAAUUGGCGCAGGCACAUGACCACAAGUUCGACAUUGGCUGCUUCAGCGCGCUGCUCUGCCUUCUUCGAGACGCUGCGUCUUUCGAGGUCAAGACUGUGGAGAUAUUCGUCGUCGUUCAGAAGGAGAUGCUGCCGAUGUUCACGUUCUCGGAAGUUACCGGCCAGGGACUUUUGAAGGAGUUCGGGUGGGAUGAGGGCGAGGAAGUCGACAGAGCGCGGCUCUUUGCAUGCCCCAAGUGA